AUUGAAAGGGGGUUCCGCCGCCAAUUACCAGGCGUACUUUAAUGCUCCACCGCUCUCCACAAAACUUAAACAACUCAAACACUCCACUUCACUCCCACCAACACUUCUUCUCUUUCAACUCAACAACAAGCGACAAUGCCUCAAGACCUUCCUGGGUUCUAUUAUGAUGCCGAGAAGAACCGGUACUUCCCCAUCAAAGGUCCCAUUCCCGGCACUUCUCGUCCUCGAAUUCCUUCUGCUUCAUCUCAGAACCCACUUUCAAACUCUACCCAGCCAGCCAAGUCACUUCGGACUGGUGAAAGAACUUCGAAAUUGCUUCAGGUCAGGGAGUUGAAUGGUAAUGUUCUGUCUCUCACUAAAGGGAAGCGUAAGUUUAAGGAGGAAUUUCAAAAGAAACUAGUUUCACAACCUGUGGUUCUCAAGUAUCAAGGAACAAGACAUAGAGCUGAUGCUGCUUUACAGCCGAUACAUGUUAAAUUAAACACAUCUACGGGUCAAAGGGAAAUUGACGCUGUAUUAGCAGGCAGUAUAAAUGGCACUUUGAGUUUGUUUGGAGUUGGAAAAGUUGGACAACAUUUUGAUACUGGAAUAAAUUUCCUUCCAGAUCGUGUGGGGCCUCGUGUUAAAGAAAACAAAGCAGAAAGUUAUAAAGAAGCUGAGCAUAUUUGGAUACCUGAAGGAGCUUCAAUACUAAUGUCAUCUCGUGUAUCUUCUAUAAAAUUGCCUAGAAAGUACUCUUCUUGUGAACUGGAUGAUGGUUUUAACUGCCGGCGUACAGUGGUAACUACUUUGGGAUCGGGGACACCUGGUGGAGCUAUAUAUGUUCUUAGUCUUGAUGAUCCAUUUGAAUUUCCCCCUGGGCUUUUUUCCAUUAGGCAGAGGAUGACUUCAGUUGCUUCUUUCAAUUGUACCAUAUGGACUGCAGAUUGCAACUCUAGUGCGAGCGAAGCAGUUGUUGGAACCAAUCGUGGUGCUGCUAUGGUCAAUUUGGAAACAGGGUCAACAUCAUGGGUGUGCUGUGGUAAAAGUGAUGUUUUUGCACAACAACUUAAUGAGUCGGGCAAGGUCAUUUUAUGCGGACUUAGAAAUGGAGCAAUUGUGACAGUUGAUGUUCGUGAGAGACCACAAGGGUCUGCUAGAAGACUUAUUAGACACCGGAUACCUUACUCACCUUUGAGAAAAACUGUUCAAAAUUCUAAUAAACAAUGGUUUGAGCUGAGUGGAAACAUUUGUCCUUCACGCACUGCUUUUAUGCCUUCGUCUAUUACCAGUUUGGUAUCAUUACGUUUCUACGAUCAAUACUUCUUGGCAAGUGCAAUGGAUGGAUCGGUUAUGCUUUAUGAUCAUCGCCUAAGUAAGAGAGGGCCCAUACAAUCAUAUGAAGGGCAUGCUAAUUCUCACACUCUGUUACAGCUUGCAGUAGACCAAUCUGAGAGAUUUGUUAUGGCAGGUGGAGAGGACUGCAACUUACGUAUUUGGAGUAUCAAAUCUGGAGAACUGCUCUUUCAAGAAAAGGUUUCUGAUUCAGCCCCAUCUACUGUGAGCUGGCGACUAGUCGAAAGGCCUCUUGGAAAUCCAGACGAAAAGCAAAGCCAAAAUGAGCUUCAGUUUGCGGAGAGCCUUAGAUGGGAAGCUUGGUUUGGAUCAGUGGAUGGACUGUACCACAUGGGUUGGCCUUGAUUCUUCCAUUAUCUUCAAGUAACAAUUAUAAACUAAAAAGCGUGCAGUUAGUCUUCAACUGGUGUUGCAAAGCAAGAAAUUAAAUUUAUUUUUUUUAACUUUUUCGAUAAUCCUAAAAUCCGCUGAUCAUACUGAAGCUCCCACUGAACCCCAAAAUCUAUGGGAAGUAGGAAACAAUAGAUUCUCACUUUGUAUAAAAUAAGAGAUUUUUGGUUAUGUCGUUGCCUGGAUUCUCAUUCUGUAGAAAGUGUUUAUAGGCUGAAAAAUUAGGCUAUGCAUAAGGUGAAACUUUUGAUUUCUAUUUUUAAUAUUUGAAAAUAUGUUUGAUGUAAUAUUGUAGACUGUGUUAAUAUUAUUCACAAGUUUUAUAUUACAUAUAUACGAUUUUACAAGUUUUACGUUAA